AUGACUGGGACAAAGCAACAACAGUCCACGGUUCCAGACUACAUCGAUGGAGCGGCACAAUCGUCACCUAACGACACCUGGGCAAUAGUGCCACGAUCACCUACUGGUCUCGACCAGGGGUGGCAUCAUUUCAGCUAUGCAGACCUUGCAAGGGCAGUUGAUAGUCUGGCAUGGUGGAUUGAGAAGAACUUCGGGGCCGCUCAACAUCAAGGCCAAACAAUUGGUUACAUAGGUGCGAAUGAUCUGCGAUACCUCGUGGUUCUGGCUGCAACAUUGAAGGCGGGAUACGUGCCCCUCUUCACCUCGCCACGAAAUUCCCUCGACGGCCAAAAGUUCCUUGUAGAGAAGACGAACUGUGAGAUCUUCCUUACUACCAUUGAGACAGCAUCACAGGUCGAAGCCAUUCGGGAAGCGAUUCCUCAUCUUAGGGUCUUUCAAGCACCGACAACCCAAGAACUUCUUGACACAAGCCUCUCCGUGUCCCACUAUGCGGGUCGACACAGUCGUGAUGCGGCCGCAGACGCUCUCAUUCUCCAUACUUCUGGCUCAACGGGUCUCCCCAAACCGAUCCGCUUGACCGUCGCAGGACUUAACACGAUACACUCGCAAGCCUCGCUAACGCCAGAAGAUGGAUUUGAGCAAGUCAGCAAACCUUUCCUAGCAGACCGCAGGCCAAUGCUAGCAGCUGUGCCAUUUUUCCACGCAAUGGGCAUCAUUGUCGGACUUCGAUCGCUCAUGUGCAAGGGCACGAUUGUCAGGCUUCCUUCAGAGAAGAUGCUGAGUGCUGGCCUUGUCAUCGAUGUAAUUGAAGCUAUCAAGCCGACUUCAGGUAUCUUCCCGCCAUCAAUACUCGAGGAUGUAUCCACGACCCACAAGGGUAUCGAAGCCCUCGGACAGAUGGAGAACGUCUUCUUUGGCGGCGCACCUCUCGCUGCCGCAAGUGGUGACAAGAUCUGUGAAGUUACGAAUCUUGUGACGAUCAUCGGCAGCACUGAAGCCUUGUUCAUGUGCACUCUGUUACCAUCCGAGCCCAAGGAGUGGGGCUACUUCCAUUGGAGCUCCGUCGCAGGGGCCGUCAUGGAAUCAGCGGAGAACGAUCUAUGUGAGCUCGUGUUGAAGCCGAAGGACAGACAGUACCAAGCCAUAUUCCACACUUUCCCUGAACUCCAGGAAUGGCGGACAAAAGACUUGUUCGCACAGCACCCUUCCAAGCCCUACCUUUGGAAGUACAGCGGUCGACGAGACGACAUCGUUGUACUAAGCAACGGCGAGAAGUUCAAUCCAGUUUUGACGGAGAAGCUGAUCGAGUCGCUUCCACAAGUGAAGGGUGCUCUCGUAGUUGGCCAAGGCAAGUUUCAGGCUGGUCUUCUGGUCGAACCUGAAUGGAGCCAAACUAGCACUCAGGACCCAUCAGCCUUGGUUGACCAUAUUUGGCCGACGGUUGAACAAGCAAACCGAGAGGCGCCUGCUCAUGCAAGAAUCUAUCAAUCGAAGAUUGUCAUCGCCAAACAGCAGAAACCUUUCACAGUAGCAGCCUUCAAGAAUGAGAUCGAAGCCCUGUAUGCCGAUGAAGGAUAUUCCAGCGAUACGAACCAGGGCCCUGACGACGAUGCGGAGUUGACAAGCAAGAUCCAUGCUGUCUUCACUCGUUCUUUGCCCUCUUUUCAGAAGGACACAGCGGAUGACAUCGAUAUCUUCAGCCUUGGUGUCGACUCUCUUGACGUUCUUGCUCUGACCAAUGCGCUGAACAAAGCUAUUCGCGGCGCAAACGUCACUGCGUCAACCAUCUACAGCAACCCUUCUGUCAAACAACUAGCUGACGCUCUGUCUCAAAAUGUGGGCAAGUUGGGUGGGCGCUCAACUCGAGAGGGGAAGAUCGAUAGUAUGGUAAGGAAGUACACGAAAGACAUGGUCCGUCGGGAAGGCUCAACGGACGCAUUGAAACGCCCAUCGAAGCAUACCGUGGUCAUCACAGGCUCGACAGGCAGUCUUGGUACUCACAUGCUGGAGCAGCUGCUCAGAGACCCAAAUGUCGAGAAGGUGUAUUGCCUGAACCGUUCUGACAAUGCAGAAGCUCGACAAAAGGACUCCUUCAAAAAGCAUCACCAUGAUUCGGCCAACUUUAGCAAGGCAGAGUUCCUCAAAACUGAUUUUGGUUCCGACAAAUUCGGCCUGUCUGAGGAAACAUACGCACGCCUUCUCGCCACCGUCACAGUAUUCAUCCACUCCGCGUGGUCUGUCGAUUUCAACCUGUCCCUCGAGUCCUACGAAGCAACGCACAUCGCCGGCACACGACGUGUAAUCGACUUCGCCGCUGCCUCUACCCAUAAAUCCUCAAUCGUCUUCAUAUCAUCCAUUGCCAGUGUCGGGAAUUGGGGUUCGGUUGUGCAGGACGGUUCCGCUGUGCCCGAAACUGUCUCUUCGCUCUUUGACAAUACACUCACGCUACCGCAAGGCUACGGCGAGUCCAAGCACGUCGCAGCUCAGAUAAUCGCAACCGCUUCACACCGUCUAGGCAUCAAGACCGCUAUUGUCCGUGCCGGCCAGCUUGCGGGUCCGAGUACGGAUGCUGGUGGCGCGGCUUGGAACAGGCACGAAUGGCUUCCAAGUCUGGUACAUACGAGUAAGAUCCUGAAGAAGCUGCCUCGUACACUGGGUAAUCAGGAUCGUGUCGACUGGGUGCCGAUGGAUGUCGCGGCGGGAACUGUGAUCGAUGUUGCCACAACACCAGUCUCCGAACCCACACAAGUCUAUCACCUCACCAACCCUCACACAACAUCUUGGAGUCAGCUCUAUCCGGUGAUUCAGACCCAUUACAAAAACACUGGCAUUCACGUUGAGGUCGUGGAGUAUGAUGACUGGGUCAAUGAGCUCAAGCAGAUCCCUCAGACGAAGGAGAAUGCCGAGAAGGUUCCUGGACUGAAGCUGUUGGAUUUUUAUGAGAGUCUGAGACCGGAGACUGGGAUGGGACUGCCUGCUCUGGAAACAAAGAGGACGGAGGAGACAAGUGGGACAUUGAGAGAGGGGAGGACGGUGGAUGAGAAAGUCAUGAGGAAGUGGUUGGGGCAGUGGGCGUUUUAG